ACUUUGGCUUCCUGUUUGAUGUUGCCUAGUUGUCAGAAGCAUGUUGGCGAUGAAAUACUCCUACGUUUUGAGAGCAAACAGACAGCUCAUCUACACCCUCUGACAGCGCACUGACAGCGGAUUUUUUGGGAAGUCCUGCUGUAUGUGACUUAACACAGUACAUGUCUGUAUCUGCAGUGGCAUGGCAUCGUCAGAGGACAGUGUAAGCACCUGGAGCUGUAAGCAGGUGGCCCAGUGGCUGCAGGAAGAAGGUUUCGGGGAGUAUGUGGAGCUACUGUGCACACAGCACCGCCUGGACGGCCCCAGCCUGCUGGCUCUGACUGAGGCCGACCUGCGCGGGCCUCCGCUGGGCCUCACCGUGCUGGGAGACAUCAAGAGGCUGACCUUAGCCCUCCGCCGGCUCCAGAGACGGAACCAGGCCCAGCUGGAGGAGCUGGGUCUCCAGCCUGCAGAUAGCCUCGCUGCUGCUGGGCUGUCGCUUGGUGCUGCGAGGGUGGAGUGGAGCUGUGACGGAGCUGACAGGAGGUGUAAUGGAGGUGAUCGCUUGUGUAAUGGGACUGAGCUGCGCCUGAGGAAUGGGGAUAGAUCUGGAUAUGGUUCAGGAGCCGUCUUGUGUCAUAUGCACUCCAACGGGAGGUGUAGGCAGCACCUGGCUGGCAGAUUGGACCCAGAGGUCUGGAAGACAGUCAUCAGUUCCAUAUAUGUGUUCUUUGUGUUUGGAUUCACAUCAUUCGUCAUGGUCAUCGUACAUGAGCGUGUCCCAGACAUGAGGACAUAUCCACCACUACCUGACAUAUUUCUGGACAGUGUUCCCAGAAUCCCUUGGGCUUUUGCAAUGGCUGAAGCCUGUGGCCUCAUCCUGUGUUAUAUGUUGCUGUUGAUCCUGCUGCUUCACAAACACAGGUCCAUUCUCUUCAGGCGGCUGUGUUCUUUGAUGGGAACUGUAUUUUUGCUGCGUUGCUGCACCAUGUUUGUCACCUCGCUCUCUGUGCCAGGGCAGCACCUGAAGUGUGCCAGUAAGACAUACGGAGAUACCUUGCAAAAGAUACAGAGGGCACUAGCGAUAUGGAGCGGAUUUGGGAUGACUCUGACUGGCGUCCAAACAUGUGGAGAUUACAUGUUCAGCGGACACACGGUUGUCAUCACAAUGCUCAACUUUUUUGUGACCGAAUACACUCCACGAACCUGGAAUCUGAUUCACACCAUCUCCUGGGUGUUAAACCUGUUUGGGAUUUUCUUCAUCCUGGCGGCUCAUGAACACUACUCCAUCGACGUAUUCAUUGCCUUCUACAUCACUACCCGCCUCUUCCUCUACUACCACACUUUAGCCAACACCCGUGCCUACCAGCAUAGCCGGAGGGCGCGCAUUUGGUUCCCCAUGUUCUCCUUCUUUGAAUGCAAUGUGAAUGGACCUGUCCCCAACCAGUACCACUGGCCCUUCAGUAAACCUGCCUUCAUGAAAACUCUGAUUGGGUAGAGAGUAUUUUCAACAGGACUGAGCAUGGACUGUAAUAUUGAAGCCUGAAUGAGAAACUUUUUACCUAAGAUGCUGCUUUCGAUCUCUGAAUGGUUGUAAAUUUAUUAUCUGGGAUUUUUUCUUUUUCUCAUUUGUAGAAAUUGGUUAUCUUUAUUUUGGCAACUAAUCAUGACAUUUUGGAAGUUAGAUGAGAAAAUUAAUACUACUCAUAUGUGUCUGUUGAAUAUGAAGCUACAGUCAGGGGACAGUUAGCGUAGCUUAGCUUAAAACCUGAAGCAGGGGGAAACUGCUGGCCUGGCUCUGACAAAAGGUAAAAUCCACCUACCAGCAUCUCUAUAACUCACUAAUUAACAAGUUAUAACUUGUUUUGUUUAAUCUCUACAAAACUGGCAGUGUAAUGGAUCAGGGUGUCGGUCAAAACAGACAUUUUGUGACUGCGGGCAGUCACUGCUCCUAGGCAAGAAAUAGUUUGGCACAUAGCUCAGAAAUUGUUGUUUUACACUUACAUUUUUAUAUGGAUUAAAAAAAAUAGAUGUAAUGGGUUUAUUAUUGAGCUUUAGAGGUUCUAGUAGGUGGAUUUUGUUAUCUGGAGUGCCCCGCUAGCUGUUUCCUGCAAGCUGUUUCCCUCUGCUUCCAGUCUUUAUGCUAAGCUAAGCUAACAGGCAGCAGGCACCACCUUCAUGUCUAAAGGAUAUAUAUGGGUGGUAUUGAUCCUCUCAUCUCACUCUCAGUAAAAAAAAAGCAAAUAAGAGUAUUUUCCAAACUAUUCUUUUAAAAUUUAUUUGCACACUGCCAACUCAAACAAAGAAUUGUGGUUUAUUUGGGGACUGAAAGCUGCAGGUACUGAUAAUUUCCCAGACAGAGGACUAAAGGAGAUCAGACGUGUAAUGCCUUAAAGUGAUCAUUUUUAAUCAUUUAUGCUCCACUUUGGUGAUAUUUAAAGUUCAUGGGGGGGGGGUUGGGUUGUUAGUCUUGCUCAACAUUUAUAAUAAUAAACUGUAUGGGUUUCACACAGCUAUAAUGUAGUUGUCACCUUAUGGGAGUCAUUAUGGUGACGAGUAAAAUGUUGUCUUGCUGUAAAGAGAUUUCACACCUGUUUGGUAACAACCACCAAAGGAGUUUCUUUUGAUAUGCAACAGGAAAAACACUUCCUGUUCUCUCUACUGAAAGAGAACAAAAAGUCACUUAGAAAACAAAUGUUUUUUUUUUCAUUUUCACUUUAUGAACUUAACUCUACAGUUGUGUUGUGUGAAAUAAUGUCACCGUUGGGAUGGUUUAUUUAUAUAUACAGUAGCAGUCAAAAGUUUGGACACACUUUCCCAUUCAUUUGAAUGAGAAAGUCUGCCAAAACUUUUGACUGCUACUGUAUAUUCAUCGUUAAACUCAACCAAAUAUCUGAACGUUUAUUGUAAUGUUCAAUUUUGCCAAUUAGCCCUUAUGUUAUGUAUAAUGAUUCCUUUGUCCCAAUUUGAUGUUUUGUUAUAGUUUUUAUCUUCCUAUUUCUUCCUUUUUUUCUACAGUUUAAUUAUGUCAUGAGUACAGAGUGAGUUUUCCUCUGUUGCACAGUACAAAGACUGACUUUUGAAUUAUCACAGCUGUUGACAAACAGAUAGCAAAGCUUCAAAAGUUUAUAUUGUUUACUAUGUCAUAGUUGAUCCAAACUAUAUAUU